AUGUUCAUCAGCCCAGUCCUCAUCCUCCGCAUCGUUCAAGGUGUGCUGGCUUUCAUCGCCAUGGCACUUGGAGCAACCGUGGCCAACGUCCUUAACACUCAUACUCCAGCACUCGAUGUCCCAGCCGGUGUGGUCUUCUUCGUCUUCGCUGCCGUCUUCACCAUGCUCGUCACGGUUCCCUACACCGUCUUGACACCUCGCUAUUUCCCAGCCCUGGCCCAUCCGUUCGCAAUGCUCGCUGCCGAAGCCACGACCUCGAUCUUCUGGCUGGCCGGCUUUGCCGCGGUUGCUGAUCGCUUGCGACGAUCCGAUAUUUGCGAAGUCGGCGCGUGCUCGUCUGCCAAAGGCAGUGUCGUGGUCGGGGUCUUCGAGUUCAUCCUUUUUGGAAUCACAGCCUUCUUUGCCUUUUCUCACAUCUUUCUCGGUGGUAGAUUCAGCGGGAACAGAACUCAGAACAAGCAGGUGCAAGUGCACCGUUCUUGGGCCGGGGCUGAGCGUGUGUAA